GAUGCUCUGCCGGUGUUAUUGUGGAGAAUCAGCUGACUCGCUGACGGAGGGGAAAGAGGAGAGUCAACUUCAAACAUCGUCGUUUCACCUGCAAAAACUAACCACCAAGAUGUCCAGCGGGCAGGGGGUUCCCAGCCUCAACGGCACCCACAACAACAACAACGGUGACCUCACACAUGCUUCGGACCCAGAGCGCAUGAAUGACUCCGUGGAGUUCAGACUCAUGAUGGCCUACGCGCAGAGGAGGCGGCCCGGAGGGGACAACAGCUCAUCCACACGGGACACCCCAGAUGAAAAUGCCACGUCCUUACCUCGGACUCCUGCCGAGACAGAGAAAGAGGUGAAGAGGGAGGGGAAGAAGAAGAAGAAGGGGAGAUCAUUAAAGAAGCUUUUCAGCUGUGUUCGACGUCAGGCAGAAGAGCCGGAGGAUGUCAACGCGACUGGUCUCUGCUUCAGAUCUGCUUCAAACAGUAAGAACGACGGUGGAGAUCAAGAGGGGGCUGAGCUGACAAAGUUGGCCAACAGACUGAUUAAGUUAGCUGAUGAAGUCCCGUUCACUCCCUCAGAUAUAGAAACAGAUUCAGUAGAAGACAGCGUGGAGAAGCUGGUGGGCAUGCUGCUGAGGGAGCAGGGAGACAGACUCAACCAGGAGGUUCUGCGAGAAGUCCCGAACAUCGGGGAGCUGUUCAGAAACUACAGCUUCUUUGAAAAGCUAAUAUCCCUCUUCCUCAGGAGGAUGGGCUUCAAGACCUUUGAGCCUGACGGUCUGGGGCCACAGGGAUCGCCCAAGACUCAGAUCGCCCUGACCUGUGAGGUCACCAGUCGUCUGUCAGCAGUGAACACCCUGCCCAUGAACCGCCUGCUGGGCUUCGGGGCAAACUACCUGCACACGCAUUACUCAGCCUGGGUGGCACAACAGGGGGGAUAUGAUGCAGCCAUCGAGGAUGAAGAAGAGGAGGAAGUCCACUGAUGGCGCGGAGUUCCAGCUUCACGGCUCACAUCAGUCCUCUCGCCGCUUUACAGUUUGUCUUAACUGGACCUUGAAGUUUCACAGUGGUAGGGUUAGGGUUAGACAGGGAAGUCGGCUUGCCAUCCCGUACAGAUGAUGUCAAGUUCAAAAUCCAGCGGUGGCCAGACAGUGUUAUCCACCUCUGACAUAACGGACGUUCAUUCGCUAUUUUACUCUUCAGGAAUGGGAUAGCGAUCUAAAACUGGACAUGUAUACCUUUGUCAGAUUUAGCGGAGUGGAGUGAUUCAGAGGCGUCUCCACCGCAUCAAGCAUGAAAUCAGAGAGGAUUCUGCUGAAUCGCUCGACAUCUCACUUCAUUUGAGAUGCACUGUGAACAUCGUAGACUGUGACAGGGAGUUUCUAACAAGAAGUGUUGGGUUUCAGUCUGGACCAUGGGAAGAAACAGGAGCCCCCUCCCCUCACUGCCUCACUCAGGUCUUAAUUUAAUGCCAGUUCCUUCAGAACAAAAACAUUGCACAAAAAACAAAAAAACAA